CUUCGAUUUAUGAAUUCAACCAGUGUCAUAUGACCAACUAGUGACGUACGCGGAAGUAGUAGUCAAAACACCAGCGGUCCAUGCCUCCAUAGAACAUUGAAGAAAUGUCUAUUUUUCCAAGGAUUUCCCUAAAGCCUGAAGUCACUGAUUAUCUCAAGAGUGUCUUCUUAAACAAGGAGGUGUUAGCUGCAGUUGACCAUCAGGAGGCAGACUGUCGUUUCCAGAAGCUGCUCACAUGCCUGUCUCACCCUCCUUCAUACACUUGUGUUCGGGCCAGUACUCAUCUCGCUCCCCUGGAAGAGAUCAGACACAAGUUAGGAGAAGAGCUUAAAAAGCAGCAGAUGUGCACCUCAUCAGCAGAGGAGGUCUCCGUUCAGAUUCUUCCUCACCCGCGAAUUCCAGAUGUGCUGCUCCUUCCCGUCGACGGCCCAAGACCUGUGAAGCAGCUCAGCUCAGAGGUGGUGGUUGGUGCUCAGUGUGGCAGUGCCGUACUACGGGGUGCUCAUGUCUUCAUCCCGGGGAUUCUCGCCAGCCCCAAGUACAUGAAGGCUGGAGAUGUGGUGUCUGUCCUCUCUGACUUGGAGGGUCGGUGCACCCGAGGAGCCACGAGCUUCCAGGGAAAGAAAGUGUUUGUGGGAAACGGAGUCGCUCAAAUAGAUCGCUCCAGCAUCUUCUGCACAGAUGAACCUGCCAAGGGAAUAGGUGUUCGGAUGGUAGAGCCACUCUACCAGAGUCCUUCCUUCGAUGGUGUUCUACCCAACCUGGCAUUCCUACAGAACCUUCCCUCAGUAGUUGUGGGACAUGUUCUCGGGCCUCGUCCUGGAGAACGGAUCCUGGAUAUGUGUGCUGCACCCGGAGGGAAGACCUGCCACAUCGCUGCACUCAUGAAGGAUCAGGGCGAGGUCGUGGCGCUGGACAGGAUCCGAAAUAAGAUCGAUCGAAUUCAUCAAAACGCCCAAAUGUUGCAUUUACGGUCGAUCAAAGUUUAUUGCUUUAACAGCACUCAGGCUGUGAGCAGCGACCUGGCACAGGAAGCUGAAGGACCUCCCUUCCCUCCUGAAAGUUUUGACCGGGUUCUGCUGGACGCCCCCUGUAGCGGCCUCGGACAGAGACCCAGCAUGUCCUGUACCUGGAGCCUCAAGGAGAUCUGUUCCUACCAGCCACUGCAGCGCAAGUUAUUCCAUGCUGCAGUGCAGUUGUUGAGGAAAGGUGGGGUUCUUGUGUACAGCACCUGCACAGUGACUCUAGCAGAGAAUGAGGAGCAGGUAGCCUGGGCCCUCCAAACCUUCCCCUGCCUCACACUUCAGCCUCAGGAGCCUCACAUCGGCGCAGAAGGCAUGCUGGGAGCCGGCCUGUCACCUGAGCAGCUGCGCCUCCUCCAGAGGUUCAGUCCUGAGCUGAGCUGGGACCAGACAGGAACGGCAGCCUCCCUCCCCUGCAGAGCCGACAGAGACACUAUCGGCUUUUUUAUUGCCAAGUUCCUGAAAAACUGACCAGAGGGCAUGUUUUCCUCUUCCAGCACCGUCAGCUCCCGCACCAGAGACUGCAGACGGGAACAAUAGUGUUUAUAUUAUAACACUGUGUGUGCUUUGACGAGGCAGUGUUGACAAAGACGCUCACUGUGCUGUUUACAGCAUCUGCCUCUUAACAGCUGCUCUCUAAAACUGCGGGCCAUAUAGGGAUAGGCUUUAUAAACACAAGAGCAGGAGAGAGGAGAGUGCAAGGGAAAGAGAGGGAAGGAGGGAGGGGGUGGAGGCACGUGGGGAAGGAUGGAGACUGAAUGAGUAUUGGCAAACGCAGCAGUGCUUGCAUCGCCAUAACAACAGUGACGACACAGCUGCCAUGGUCACAGUGGAUUCGCUACAUCUUAGAGAUCAGGAAGUAGCGGGCAGAAAGAGGUCAUGAGAGGUAUUAACAAUUUAGCGUCUUUUAGUAGUGGUGGAGACAACUGGGACCUCUUCUGCUGCUUGUAAGAGAGAAAUGAUGACGUGUGUAGUUCAUUCACCAGAAGGAAAUUGAUUUUUUUCAUAAUAAACUUUAAAAAAAGAA